AUGCUGGGACUAUUCAGAGGGCUCUGCGGUAUGGGAAUGGCUCAAAGUGGCAGGUGUACGAGAAGUGCUCUAAACAUUGCCGGUCUCAAUGGCACCAUCAGACACAAGUCCGAAUCUGCGGAUGGCAGAGACGCAGCAAGCGUAUUGAAGUUCUCCAGUAUCACGGAUUCCAUAGGCAGAAACAACAAAGAUAUAUCAAAUGUGAUCAGCCCGAUAUCGGGGCUCGGCAGCGAGCAAAACAAGGACGACGGAAGCAAGACGGCUCGGAAAGCCCACGAAGUGCCCGUCAAGUACGUCCUCAAUUGUAUCUUUGGCAAGAACAACAGUCAUUUCACAUACUCGGCAGUCGUGGAGGACGUGAACUAUCUCAGGAACAAUCCGGGACUGUCUUACAACGAAGCGUUCCUUUACUACUUGAAACUGCCACAAAGGGUGAAGUUUUCGGUCUCGACAGGUUACUUGGGAUUCCGCAAAGCCGCCCGGGGCGAGUACGAAGCAUCGUUCCAGACUGCCGCCAAGGUGUUCCAAAUGAUCCACGAGAAGAAACUACUCAAUAAAGAGAUCGAGAUCGUCAUGAAGGAUUUUGGCAAGGGAAGAGCGGCCUUCGUUGCGGCGCUCAACGGCAAAGAGGGUAACUUCAUAAGGAAACAUAUUAUCAGAAUAAGCGAUAAAACUGCAUUGAAAUUCGGUGGUGUCAGAUCGCCAAGAACAAGAAGAUUAUGA